UUUCUAUACAUUUAUCUUCAGCCCAGUCAUAUGUGCAUUAGCUAACUCUCUCUUUCUCUCAACAAGCCGCUAGUAGUAGCCUUUGAAUCUAGGUGAUUUUAUCUUGGCUUAUACAUUUCUCACUGAUGACCCUUUGUCCCCAUACACAUACAAAAUAUAGAAUUUAAGUUCCAGGUUCAACAUAUUAAUCUCUCUUGAUUUUCAUUAGGACGGCAUAUGCCAAAAAAAGAAAUGGCUGAAACUUCAAGCAAUGUUCAUUUCCAUGACAUACCGGAUGUGAUUCUCUCCAUCAUAUUCUCUUUCGUUACUGAUACUCGCACACGCAAUGCCAUGUCCCUUGUGUGUCUCAGAUGGCACUUGCUCGAGCGCUCCACUCGCAAAUCCCUCACCCUCCGUGGCAACAUCCGUGAUCUCUUCCUCCUCCCGACUUGCUUUCGAGCUGUUACCAAUCUCGACCUCUCUUUCCUCUCCCCAUGGGGACACCCUCUUCUUGAUUCCUCUCCAAGCCCACUUCUUCUUGCUCAACUCUUUCGACAUGCAUUUCCAUCAGUUGUUUCUCUCGUUCUUUAUAUCCGCAACCCUUCAACUCUCAAUCUUCUAGCUCCCCAAUGGCCUAACUUACGACAUGUUAAGCUCAUACGUUGGCAUCAGCGUUUACCUACACCUCUUGGCUCUGAUUUUAUUGCACUUUUUGAGCAUUGUCGUAUGCUUUCUUCACUUGAUGUUUCACAUUUUUAUUGCUGGACUGAGGAUCUUCCACCAGCAAUUGAAGCAUACCCUUCGAUUGCAGCUUCUCUUUCCCAUCUCAAUAUCCUCAAACAUUCUUCAGCUGAGGGGUUCAAGUCCCAUGAGCUUUUAGCCAUUACUGCCUCCUGUCCAAACCUCCGUGAAUUGCUUGCAACAUGUAUAUUUGACCAUCGAUUCAUUGGAUUUAUCGACGAUCAAACCUUGCUUGCUCUUACUUCAAAUUGUCCUUGCCUUUCUCUACUUCACCUCGUUGAUGCAACUUCUUUGUCCAACGUUAGGUCCGACCCAAACGAUGAGGGUUACACAUCUGAAGAGGCAAGUAUCAGCCAUGCUGCACUUGGAGAUGUAUUUGCUGGAUUGCCACUACUUGAAGACUUAGUUCUCGAUGUUUGUCACAAUGUUAGGGAUGCCUGGCCAGCGUUGGAGUUACUUAAUUCCAGGUGCCCCAGGCUUAAAUCCUUGAAGCUGGGACAGUUCCAUGGAAUCUGCAGGGGCAUAGAUUUUCGACCAGAUGGAAUGGCCCUAUGCCAUGGGUUGGAAUCUUUGUCAAUCAAGAAUUCUGCUGAAUUAACUGAUACCGUUUUGGUAGCUAUUUCUCUAGGCUGCCCGAGACUUUCCAAGUUUGAGGUGCUAGGAUGCAAGAGAAUCACUGGAACGGGGAUGUGGAAAUUGACUCAUGUUCUUCGGAAAACUUUGGUUGAUGUGAAAAUUUCUUACUGCAAAAACCUCAAUGCAGUUUCAUCAUUGCAGGCAUUGGAACCAAUUCGAGACCGGAUAGAAAGACUCCAUAUAGAUUGCGUGUGGGAAAGUGUUGAUAAUUCAGAAGGCCAGACAGGCAGUUCAAAUCAACAACCAGGUGGAUUUGAGAACUUCCAAGCAGGGAAACGAGGCAUCAUCAGGGAAGAAAAAAGUUUGAAAAAGAAAUACAAGUCCUACGAUGUCGAGAAUGAUAAUUUGUUCUCUUCUAAUACUUGGACUAAGCUACACUAUCUUUCCCUUUGGAUUGCUGCAGGUGAGUUGCUCACUCCAUUAUCUUUGGCAGGUUUAGAUGAUUGUCCUGCACUGGAAGAGAUACAAAUAAAAAUUGAAGGUGAUUGCAGGAAUCAACCAAGGCCUUUCAUGGAUGCAUUUGGGCUGCGUUCCUUGGCCUGCUAUCCAAGGCUUUCAAGGAUGCUUCUCGACUGUAGUGGAGUGAUAGGUUAUGCUCUUACUGCUCCCACAGGACAAGCAGAUUUGAGCUUGUGGGAGAGAUUUUUUCUGAAUGGAAUUGAGAAUUUGCAUCUUAAUGAACUAAACUAUUGGCCCGCACAGGACGCGGAUGUCAAUCAGAGAAGUCUUUUUCUCCCAGCAGCAGGACUGCUAGCGCAAUGUGGGAGUCUGAGGAAACUUUUCAUUCAUGGAACAGCAAAUGAACACUUCAUGAUGUUUCUCCUGAGAAUCCCAACUCUCAGGGAUGUUCAACUUAGAGAAGAUUAUUAUCCUGCACCAGAGAAUGAUACAAGCACGGAGAUGAGAGUAGACUCCUGCUGUCGAUUCGAGGAUGCUCUUAAUAGCAGCAGCCGCCAGGUACCCGAUUAAAAAUUGGUGGUGUUGCUAAAUUCCAAGUCCUUUCAAGAAGGUGGAGCAUAAGUUAUCCAAUAAUAAACCAAAAUGGUGAGGCAUAUCUUAACUACAAAGAUUUGGAAUCUCACUACUGGAAAAUAGCUAGGACAAAUUGGGUGGUGUUGGGAAUUAUGAGUAUUUAAAAUUAGUGCAUAAAUGGGAAUAAAAGACCUCCUAUUCCUAUAUAUAAUUUAUGUGGUUCUACUUAUAGAUCAUAUUAAGCACACCACUUAUCUAAUUAUCAUUUAUAAAAACACAUUAUAGUGUUGUUUCAUU